AAAAAAAAAAAAAAUUUAAAUAAAAAAAAAAAGAAAAAAAAAUGGUACAAAAGAGAGAACCGAGACAAGAGCAAACUAUUUAUUCACCAUAUUAUUAUCCAAAUUCUUCUCGUUAUAAUUAUCCUACAAAGAUUGGUGGUGAUGAAGAACAAUAUACCGAAGCAAAGUUUUCUUUUCCCCACUGGGAUGACGAAGUACAACCCUACAAACCUCUCCGCAGAAGAGCUUCUACUCCCUUUAUUAACGCGGAAUAUAGUGAUUACUUUAAUAAAUCACUUUCUCUUGAUGAUGAAGAUGAAGAUGAAAACGAAAACGAAAACGAAAGCGAGGCAAUUUGUGAAAAAAUUCAGAAUGAUAUAGAUUUAGCACGUAAAGAUCAAAAAACUGAUUACGACCAAUUUAGAAAAGCUUAUGCUACAUUUCAUGAUGAUAUACGUUCUUUACAACGCGAAAUUGAGGCGAUUGAAGCCGCUUGUUUGAAAAAUGGUUUCGAUUUAAAAAGAGGUGUAGCAACUGGAACAGCUGGAGCAACUAUGAACGAUGAUGGUACUGAAAUUUAUUAUGAGCCUACUUGUACAGUAGCUGAUUCUCAUCAUUAUAAUAAUAAUAGUAAUAAUUAUAAUAAUAAUGUAAAAGAGGGAAAUCGUUUAUUAUCUUAUAUACCUUCUGCCACAGCUGCGGCCGCGGCUGCUCGUGGUAUGAUUGCAAAGAAACGUAGUUCUCCUUCUUUAUUAUAUAGAAAAAAGCAACAACAACAACAAAAUUUUAAUGAUAAUAACAAUAACAAUAACAAUAACAAUAAUCGUAGGUGUUUAGGUAUAGAGGAUGGUUGGAUACAGGAAAGAGUUCAUCAAAAUGAAGGGAUUCGUUGUUAAUAUUUUCUAUUGGGUGGUGUUUUAGCGGUUUUAAAAAAAACUCAUUUUUUUUUUCUUUUAUAUACUGUAUAUUAUUUACAGGUCAAAAACAAUUUGAACAAUAGAUUUAUAUAUAUGUGUUGUAUGCAUGAAUAUAUAAUUUUUUUUCUUCUUUAAUCAUUUUUUUUUUAUAUUCACCAUUCCUUCUCUUUCCUCUGUAUAUAGAAGCACCCUCUUUAGUUUCAAGUAUAUUAUUUUCUACCUUCAUAUUAUCAUUUCAUUAAAACUAUUAUAUUCAUCUAAAUUCAUAAUAUUCUCUCUUCUUUUUUUAAUAGUCUAUUUGUUUUUCUAGUUGUAAAUAAAAAUAUUAGUGUUUUUUUUCAUUUUUUAAA